UUGAUUUUUGAAAGAUUUUAGUUCAAAAGCCCACAUGCUCACAAGCUCCAAUUCCCAUUCUUGUGAAGAGUUUUGUUUAUUUUCAUCAAUGAUGUAGUAGGAGGCCAGAACGAAGGAGACAAGAAGGCAGUAGUGGUGGAGUUCACGACGAUGAAGCCACAGCUGAUAGUGGAAGCACCAAAGGUAGUUGAUACAGUGCAAUUCUACAAGAUCGCGUUCGACGUUAUCGAUAAUAGUUGUAUUCUUUACCCCAAGUGCAAGGUUGAGCAGGAACUUCUUCAUAUCCUCUUUGUUCAGUUUGAGCUCGCUGGCUCUACCAUUCUCGUAUCUGACAUCGCUGGUAACUCUACUUCUGUGAAAAGUGAAAAAACUGAAUGUGUGCUUUGCAUCAAAACUGAGGACGUGAAAGCUGUUAUAGCUAAAGUCGUGAGCGCUGGAGUCGUUGUAGAGGAAGGUGACGCGUGCUGUGGUGGGCACGUAGGCAAGGACAAGGCUCCCUAUGGAUACAGUUGA